AUGAACACUAUUGUGGCAAAGCAUAGCCGGCCGAUGUUUGAGGAAGAAAGUUACUCAGAAGAAGACCAGACGCAUUUGUACCAGUCGACUCCAUGUUUGUCACUCAAGUUUGCUAUGCCACCUAUAGCUCAACCUUCAGCAUGGCUACGCGCCAUGACGGAUGACCAUGCCAACCCUAACUGCCCCAUUAAAAUUGCUCAUGGUACGACAACGCUCGGGUUUAAAUUUAAAGGAGGAAUAAUUAUCGCAACCGAUUCAAGAGCUACAGCAGGUAGCUGGAUUGCAAGUCAGACUGUAAAGAAAGUAAUUGAAAUCAAUAAUUGUCUCCUGGGUACAAUGGCUGGUGGUGCUGCGGAUUGUCAGUAUUGGCUUGCAUACCUCGGUAUGCAAUGCCGACUCCAUGAAUUACGACAUAAACGCCGAAUUUCAGUAGCAGCAGCUUCAAAAAUCCUAGCUAAUCUUGUUUACUCCUACAAAGGAAUGGGUCUUUCAUUGGGUACUAUGUGCGCUGGUGUAACCCCAUCUGAAGGACCCGCACUUUAUUAUAUUGAUUCUGAUGGAACGCGCUUGAGUGGAAAUCUCUUUUGUGUUGGCUCUGGUCAGACCUUUGCCUACGGUGUCUUAGAUGCCGAAUAUCGCUACGACAUGACAGAGGAAGAAGCUUUAGCAUUAGGAAGUAGAAGUAUCUUGGCGGCCACCCACAGAGAUGCAUACUCUGGUGGUUUUAUCAACCUUUACCACAUCAAAGAAGAGGGAUGGGUUAAACAUGGGUUCAGCGACACUAACCCAAUUUUCUGGAAAACUAAGUUAGAAAAGAGUGAGUUUUCGAAUGUAACCAGCGAGCUAUGA